CUCUACCGCCAGCGCUGAUUCAGUUACAGUCAGAGCUUUCAGGCAAGUUCGAAAAGAAUAAUUCUGCCAAGAUUCGCGCGCGCUUUCUUGUUCAAAAGUUUUUUGAAGUCGUGUGAACAGUUCGAGAGUUUCAAGGGAGUUUUUGGAUUCUUUUAGUGUGUGUUGCAUGUGAAUUAGUACGUGUUUUUUAUCAGGCUAAUCACGAUAAUCAUCAGCGUAUCACUAUCAGGAUGCAACAGACACUCCCAGUGGACAUCCUCUAGGUCCUGCGAGGCAACAAAGUGGCAUGUGUGACGAUCAUCUCCAAAGUGAUGGGUGUGUAAAACGCUAGGGGUCGAUGGACGUCCACGACGAGGACGGCGGUGAACGGAGAGACGAUGGGGGCGAUGUGGGAGGCGGCGGCUCGCCGCCCCCCAUUGCAACGGCGAUCGCUGCACCCGCGAGCGUAGACCAGAAGGAGCCGGAAAUUGGGGUCGAUGGAGAUGAUGGGUCCAAGAAAAACAAACAAGUCACCACUCACACCAAAGAACUAUGGACAAACGCUGUUCAAAAAGUAUCAAACGAAAGAAAAAGGAGGCCCCACUUUUCAUCCAUAGCUUUUUCGGUUAUAGAUUCCCAUAAACAAAUUAAGAAGGACGUGUCGUUUACACCACCAAAUUCUCCUAGACAUGCUGGAAUUCUAAAACAUGACAGUACAGACAAUAGUCUAAGCAACCACACGUCAAUACCCAUGAGUGAGUCGGCCUCUCUACAAAAUGGAAAACUAGAAGAACAUGUCAACAAUCUGGAAAAACCAAUUCGACAAUUGGAUGAGGAUGCGUAUUCAUAUAAAGCCGAUUUUGCAACAGUAUUUAAACGAGGCCUUAUGUAUAAAGGAAUCUAUUGGCCCAGUUUAACCAACAGCUUCCAUUGUAAACAUCUAGAAUUGGCGUACUUAAGGUAUUCGCAUAGACAAAGGCAGAAAGCACUUAUCAUUGUUAAUAUUGUUGAUCUUCUUCUUAAGAUAUGCCUUAUUCUGGUGUGGACUCUAUACAACAGAAAACUACCCAUUGAUAUCAGAUCGAACGCCGAUACGAUAAUCUGGUCAGUGUGUUGUAUGUCUAUUAACAUAGCUGUAUGUGUCUUGGGCUGGUGGCGGUGUUUUGCUAACAAUUACCUACAUUGGGCGGCUGUGUGUACUUGGCUUCUUCUAACUUUACAAAGUUUUAUAGCUCGAGGAGUUGGUUUUGGAAUUAAAGAAGACUUGGUAUGGUACGUUUUGUUCAGUAUAUUUGUGCCAUAUGCGAUGUUACCACUACCUCUAAGAUGGUGUAUGAUAGCUGGAGCUUUGGCUUCCGUAGGCCAUAUUAUUGUGAUUUCGGUUGCAUUUUUUGGUAAUGCAGAUAAGUGUGUGUCACAUUCCGAGGAUUGUAAGAUAAGAAGACUGCUGGCAAAUAUCCUUCUUUACAUUUGUGUAAAUUUCGCUGGGAUGUAUACCAAAUACUUGACUGAUCGAAGUCAAAGGAAAGCAUUUUUGGAAACUCAUAGAUCCAUGGAAACGAGAUAUAAAACUCAAAGCGAAAACGAUAAACAAGAAAAAUUAUUAUUAUCAGUGUUGCCUGAUUUUGUUGCCAAGGAAAUGAUAAGAGACAUCGAACAAGAAGAGCGAGGGGGCGCGUUUCAUCCCAAUCAGUUUCAUAAAAUCUACAUCCACAGAUAUGAAAACGUUAGCAUUUUGUUUGCAGAUAUUAAGGGAUUUACAAUGUUAUCCACCAAAUGUACAGCUCAGGAAUUAGUUAAAAUAUUAAAUGAACUAUUUGCAAGAUUUGAUAAACUGGCAACUGAAAACUAUUGUCUGCGAAUAAAAUUAUUAGGAGACUGUUACUACUGUGUGUCAGGACUACCAACUCCUAGAUCAGACCACGCGCAUUGUUGUGUUGAGAUGGGCCUUCAUAUGAUAAAAGCAAUUAAAGACACGAGGCAAAAAACUCAGGUGGAAGAUCUGGACAUGAGAAUCGGCAUUCACUCUGGUUCUGUUUUGUGCGGAGUAUUGGGUCUUAGAAAAUGGCAGUUUGAUAUAUGGUCAACAGAUGUACGUUUGGCAAACCAUAUGGAAUCUGGAGGAAAACCAGGACAAGUGCAUAUUUCUGAAUCUACCUACCAAUGUCUGGGAGGAGCUUAUGAAGUUGAACCCGGAAAUGGUCAGGAUAGAGAUGCUUACCUCAGGGAACACAACGUAAUAACCUACUUAAUCAAACAAUGUGAGCCUAUGAGAUCCAGAAAACGUUUGGCUUCAAGACCAAGUAUUUUCUCCAACAAAUUAUGGCCGGAGGAAGACAUAAAGAGUGGAUUUAAUUCUCCUACCACUCCACCAACACCUGUAUCACCUCCACUACCUCCUCCAAGUGAACGAAGUGACAGUGGUAUACAGCAUAGUGGUACAGAAGAAGAAAACACUACAGAUUGGACACCAGAAAUUCCGUUUGAAAAUUUACAUAGAACAUUAUCAGCUGAAUUAGAAGAAGAAUCUGAUAAUAUCUCAAUAUAUAAACAAAAGUUUGAUACCAUUGAAGGAAAGUACCGAAAGCGAGGUUCCACUUUUGUCUCAGCUGCAGAACAAAUCGACGAUAUUAUUGAUCACAGUAUAGAAAUAGAAAGUAACAAAAGGAUGAGAAAUGCCAACGUGAAUCCGUGGACUCUGAGAUUUAUUGAUACUGAAAUGGAACACCAGUUCAGUCAACUUAGAGAAGACAUGUUCAAAUCAAAUAUGAUGUGUUGCUUUAUAAUAUGGUUAUUCAUCGUGGUCUGUCAAGCCAUUACAACAGAAAUGAUUAACCUGGUUGUGAUCUGCAUAGUUUUGACUACAUUGAUCUUAGUCGCCACAUCAAUAUUAGUAAUGGCGGAGGAAUUUCAACAAUUACCAGAAGCAUUAAGGAAAAUAUCUUCCACCUUGGUACAUGAGAGAAAGCGACGAACAGCCUUCAUCUGCGGAGUGAUCAUUCUUAUGGCUAUGACCAGCUCGUUAAACCUAAUAAACUUUAACUACACUAGUGAAACAGUGUUAAUAACUGAACAAAACAGUGGCCCCAAUUUUUCAACCCUGUCGUUGUCACGGACUAUACACCACAGUUACAACGUUUCAAAUCCUACUAUUAUUGUAAACUUUCUCGUACAAGCAAACGUGAACAAUAAUUUUACGGUAAACAUUGAUAAAAACAUAGCAUGUGAUGACACCUGCAAGAAAACUUUAUACGAAGGUAUAGAAUCCCAGUUAAAUAACAAAACUAAUGAUAUCUUUAAAAGUUUUAAACAAAAUGUUAGUGGUAUCGUGUCACAAAAUUAUAGUGCGAAAAAAAGACGGGAUUUGAGUGCCAAUUUUAAGUCUUCCGAGAUAGACACCAGCAAUAAAAAUGACUUUUCUAGCUUGUCUACAAGUCUGUCAGACGAUACUGACUGCUAUCAUCCGGAGUAUAUAGUGUUUACGUGGGUCUUAUGUCUGAUAGCUCUAGCUACAGCUCUUAAACUGUAUUACCUCAUCAAAAUUCUUUUGUUGUUAUUAAUGUUAUUAGUAUAUUCUACUCUUAUUCUUAUGCCUUCCAGCCUAUUUACUGAUGUUGUUGAUGAUGAUAAUCUACCAGAAAUGCACAUUCCACUAUCUGCUCAAAUGAUGAUUCUUCUCAACGUGUUUGUUCUUAUGGUAGCUUAUCAUGCAAGAUUAGUUGAGGUUACAUCAAGACUGGACUUUUUGUGGAAACAACAAGCUGAGAGCGAGCUGAAUGAUAUGCAAGAAACCAGGCACAAUAACGCACAACUAUUGAAGAAUAUUCUUCCUGAUCACGUUGCGUUGCAUUUUCUUUCUACCGACAGAAAUAGUGAGGAACUGUAUUCCCAAUUUAGAGAAGAGGUAGGAGUUCUGUUUGGUAGUAUUCCGAAUUUCACAGACUUUUACUCUGAAGACAUCAACGAGGGAGUUGAAUGUAUACGACUACUAAACGAAAUCAUUGCUGACUUCGAUGAAUUACUUGACGAGGAACGUUUUUGUUGUAUAGAGAAAAUAAAAACAGUCAGCGCAACUGCAACCUACAUGGCUGCAUCAGGUUUAAAUCCCACAACACAAAAGUGCAAAAACACGGAUAUUCCUCAACACCUCUGCUCUCUAGUGGAUUUCGCCAUCAGUAUGCGACACAAAUUAGACGAAAUCAACAAAGAAUCCUUCAAUAAUUUCGGACUACGGGUCGGUAUCUGCUGCGGACCGUUGGUAUGUGGCGUUAUCGGAGCCAGGAAACCCGUUUUCGACAUUUGGGGAGACACAGUUAACUUAGCUUCCAGAAUGGACUCUACUGGAUUGAUUGGAUCGAUCCAAGUACCAAGAGAAACUGCUCAGAUUCUAAGCACCAAAGGAUACGAAGUAAAAAAGAGAGGCAUUAUUGACGUAAAAGGAAAAGGUCUCAUGGAAACAUAUUUUGUCAUAGGCAAGCAGUGUAACAAACCUCCCACCUUCCAAAGGCAGCCCAGUCAUUAUAGUAGUCUAGCGGCAGUUGUCUACGCCAUGGCUCAGACUAGAAAGAAACAUACCGGAAAUACUCAAAUGACAAUUGCAAUUCUAGCUGGAAGUGCUGUACUUGGAAGAGCAAGAACGCAGCAAAAAGGAGAACGAAAAAUUAUGAACUACAGCUCUAUGAGAAUAACUCACAAAUCUGGAGGAUAUCCUGUCAGAAGAAAUACUACAAGAGGCGCCAAAGAAAAGCAUAUGCAUGCUAGAUCUCAGCCAAAUAUGAGGCAAUUUUCCGGCUCUGGUACCUAUCUAGAAAACAUGAAGUCGAUGAAAUCUAUCGAACGAGAUGUGACUUCAAAUACAAUCAAUAGGAUGGCAGUAUCGCAGUCAGCACCUCAUACUCCUGUCACUGCAGCUAACCAUGAAGGACCAAUUUUCAAAUCAGUGCCAAGAUUACUGUCUGAACCGAUAGUAAAUAGAUCAAAAAGUUGUUCUCCUUCGACGAAAACCAGUAGACUAGAAAGACAAAUGAGUAUAGCUGCAGAUAGGAAGGACGACGUUUGUGAUGAAUUUAAUGACAGUAUGAAGGGUAUUAUAACGAAUAAUGAUAGUAUUAGGGCCAAGAAUAAAGCAAUAGUACCCGUUCAUUCCCCAAAGCACCUUCCAAAGCGAGAAUCAAAAUUCUCCCUUAAAUCGCCUUUGUCGAGGCGAGAAACCAAAAUCCAAAUUGAAAAUGCCAUCAACAGAGAAAAACUUAAUAAGGUCCAUUCUUUAGACGGAACUCAUGUCUAAUGUUUUAUAUUCUAAAAGUAAAGUAAUACCCCUUUGUUGACUGUAAAAAAGACCAAAAUUUAGAGUUUUAGAAUUUGAAAAUAUGUGAAGGGUACGUUCAGAAACAAAAAUGUCAUUAUUUGCCAUUAAUCACAGUAAUCAAAAUUAAUUUAAAUUAAUAUUAGUCUAGUAAAAUAAAAUUACACUACAUGUAAAUCAAAAUGUAAAUUCGUACAGGUUGAAACAAAUGUUAUAUCAAAGUUUAGGUGGGUACAAAAGAUAUUUUCAAGAAAGUAUCCAAAUCAUACAAGGGAUCAUUGUUUGAAUAAUUAAAAAGGGGUCAUUUUUUCAAAAAAAUUACUUUUUUAACUGCUGAGGCCAUUCAAUUACUAAUGAAGGUCUAUAGGACUGUUUUCUGCAAAG